CUCUGACAUGAUGACCCACCAGCCUGGGAGGGACAGUCUUCUGCUGGGGUAUGGUUUGGAGGAAGCACGAGGCUCUUGGGUAGGAGAAUUGUGCUUCUUUGAGUGGGAGUUUGGCCAUCUCUGUGCUUUUGGAUUUUCCCCUUGUCUUUUAUAGCUUAGUCCUGUCCAGAGAGACUGCUGGGGUAUUUUCUUCAUGAACUGAGACUGAGGAGUCUUUUCUCCCUGAGCCAACUCCUUCCUUCCUUCAGGGUUGCUGUCUGCUCUGUCUGGGCAAGAGCUCUGCCAUCAUGUCAGUCAGCGUCCACGAGAACCGUAAAUCCCGGACUAGCACGGGCUCCAUGAACAUCUUGCUUUUUCACAAAGCUUCCCACCCGGACUGUGUCCUGUCCCACCUGAACACCCUGCGGAAGCACUGCAUGUUCACCGAUGUCACUCUUUGGGCAGGAAACAGGUCGUUCCCGUGCCACCGGGCAGUGCUGGCUGCCUCCAGCAGGUACUUCGAGGCCAUGUUUAGCAACGGCCUCCGGGAGAGCCUGGAUGAUGAGGUGAACUUCCAUGACAGCCUCCACCCAGAGGUGCUGGAGCUACUGCUGGACUUUGCCUACUCCUCUCGGAUCAUUAUCAAUGAGGAAAACGCUGAGUCCCUCCUGGAAGCUGGAGACAUGCUGCAGUUCCAUGAUGUCCGAGAUGCAGCGGCCGAGUUCCUGGAGAAGAACCUUUACCCUUCCAACUGCCUGGGCAUGAUGCUGCUCUCGGAUGCUCAUCAGUGCCGACGGCUCUAUGAGCUCUCCUGGAGGAUGUGCCUGGUCAACUUUGAGACUGUUCACAAGAGUGAGGACUUCAACAACCUUUCCAAGGACACUUUGCUGGACCUCAUCUCCAGCGAUGAGCUGGAAAUUGAGGACGAAGAAAAAGUCUUUAAGGCUGUCAUCCAGUGGGUGAAAUACGAUCUGGAUGAGCGGAAGGCUUAUCUCCCAGAGCUUCUGAGGAAUGUUCGUCUGGCUUUGCUUCCUUCUGAAUGCCUCAAGGAAGCCUUGGCUUGUGAGGACUUGAUCAUGGUGGAUGAAAGGAACAAGAUUGUCUUGGAUGAAGCUAUUCAAUGCAAGAAGAAGAUCCUCCAGAAUGAUGGAGUCGUCACCAGUCCCUGUGCCAGGCCUCGCAAAGCUGGGCACACCUUGCUGAUCCUGGGAGGACAGACCUUCAUGUGUGAUAAGAUUUACCAAGUAGACCACAAAGCAAAGGAAAUUAUCCCCAAAGCAGCCCUGCCGAGUCCACGGAAGGAGUUUAGUGCCUGUGCCAUUGGCUGCAAAGUAUAUAUCACUGGAGGCAGAGGCUCAGAGAACGGGGUCUCAAAAGAUGUGUGGGUGUAUGACACUGUUCAUGAGGAAUGGUCCAAAGCUGCCCCAAUGUUAAUCGCUCGGUUUGGACAUGGCUCGGCCGAAUUGGAAAACUGCCUGUAUGUGGUUGGUGGACACACUGCAGUGGCUGGAGUCUUUCCCGCAUCUCCUUCUGUUUCCUUGAAGCAAGUGGAGAAGUACGAUCCCAUAUCCAACAAAUGGACAAUGGUGGCUCCUUUGAGAGAUGGAGUGAGCAACGCCGCGGUGGUGAGCGCCAGGCUCAAGCUUUUCGUCUUUGGUGGGACCAGCAUUCACCGGGACAUGGUGUCCAAAGUCCAGUGUUACGACCCAGCUGAGAAUCGAUGGAUGAUCAAAGCCGAAUGCCCACAGCCCUGGCGCUACACGGCAGCCGCUGUCCUGGGCAGCCAGAUUUUCAUCAUGGGAGGGGACACAGAGUUCACGGCAGCGUCCGCGUACCGCUUUGACUGCGAGACGGACCAGUGGACACGCAUCGGGGACAUGACGGCCAAGCGCAUGUCGUGCCACGCUUUGGCCUCAGGGAAUAAACUGUACGUGGUAGGGGGUUACUUUGGCACUCAGAGGUGCAAAACGCUGGACUGCUACGACCCUACGUCAGACACGUGGAACUGUAUCACAACGGUGCCUUACUCGCUCAUCCCCACAGCUUUUGUCAGCACCUGGAAGCAUUUGCCGUCAUGAUGAGGGGCAGGGCUCGGGGGGCUUGUAUCCAGGAGGUCAAUAAGAUACCAGAGUCACAUCCAUGUCCCCUCUUGCGCAGUUGGAGCCGACAGCACUGUGACUGAGUCCCCUCCUGUCGUCCCGCCCAGGACUCCGAGGCAACUUUCACGUCCCUUCCCGGCACCAGGAGUGGGAGGCACAGCCAGACUCUACACUGGCAUCACAUCACAGGGCCACCAAGGGCCACUCGGCCCCACCAC